GGAAUAUCCGCCCCUGUGGGGAGCUGGGUUGGUGAGAGAGAGUGUGUCAGUCAGCGAUGUUGACCAAAAAGGUGGGAUGCCCCGAGUCGCAGCAGCAAUAGCAAGCAAGCAACUUACAAUGUGACCGAGUCGUUGUCGUAGUUGUUCCUGAACAUGGUGGCGGCCUGUUCGACUGUGCUGUUUGUCUGAUCCGAGGUGCAGUUCAAGUCUCUAUGAUCAACCCUGACGGUUCGAUUUUAUAUCAAGGUGGUAGAGAAAGUGGUUGUGGUCUGGUCGUCAAGUUGCAGUGUGGUAAGGCGGUGUUUGUGGUUGAUGGUCGAGCUCCCACCCAGCUACCUCAGCAACUCCCCCAGGCAGCUCCUAGCUUCGUCGUCGCCUGCCGCAGAGCGCCUGCCAGCCGCACAGGGGAGCCCGCCAAGGCUGACCUACCCAGCCGUCCGCGGCGUCGGCGUCACAGGUCACAGGCAAGAACGCAAGCAAGCUCCAACACACGUAGACAGCUUCAAACUCUUUGACGCCACCGUCAUCGCACACGACCGCACCCAGUGA